GUAUUGGAGAGAUUAAGUGAGGUCAAUCGACGAAGUAAGGACAACCCUGCUCUUUGCGAAUACGAGGAAACGUUGUUCGAGUUAUUGUAGUCAGAUAAAUGGCUAGAAGUGCCUCCUCGUUCUACGCCCUUCCGUCAAGCUCGUCAAUUAAGCAAGUGAGUUGGGAGUUGCCUGAGGUCACCCCGCCGGCAGGAGUUGUGAAGCGCAAGUCUCGCGGAAAGGACGGCGACGGGGAUCGUGAAGGCGGCGGGCAACAAGGUACCGGAGGUGGAAGUGAACAGCGUUCGAUGAAACAGCGGUCUCCGGGGCACGCAGGCGGCGGAGAGGGGAAGAAGGGCAGCCGGGAGAAGAAAAAGCCUCGCAGCGGAGAGAAGACGAAGCAUCACAGAGGAGACGGGCAGGGGUCCAAUGUCGACCGCGACGAGGACAAUGUGGUUCUGGCGGACCCUGUGAUUAGCUCCACCAGCGAAACACAGUUUGUCGAUGCGGUUGGUGGGGCGGGUGUCGCAAAGCAUGGAACAUGCUUCGCUCAGCUCCAAAAACGUUUGGCGGAUUGUCUCGGAUCAAUCCGAACCUCAGGGACGACGUCGUUGUCCGAAACUCAGUGCCUUCCGGGAAGCGAGACGAUAACAUACUACGGGUGCGGCAGCGACAAGCUGGAACCGUGUUCCGUUUCGCCUCAAAAGGAAGUUCGGAUUAAUCCAAACCGUGAAGGCCGUGCCAUCGAGGGAGCACAACUGUUUACAGAACUCGAACGGGUGGUCCGGGUUUCCGAAAACCCUGGCGACGAAAUUCGGAUUCAUCCGAACCAGGAAGCCGUGUCUGCCAUGACAGACGAUCGGUGUCAGGAUGCAGUAAUGCUGUGUGUGGAAGCCCACAAGGAGCUGCAGGCGGACUGUCUGACUGAGGGUGAGUUAACGACCAAUUCCAAUGUCGAUCCCAACACACUCGGAGCCGAGUUAGCAGUCGUAAGCGACUCCCCGGUGAAAGCGGUCAUGUCGGCGUCAUUGGAAACUGCGGGGGCUCGGAUGAAUCCGAACCAGGGCCCUAUGAACAUGUCCCUCCCUGAUGCAUCUUUGGAGACGACCGUGAUUCGGAUUUAUCCGAGGCACACGGACGAACGACUUCAACUGGUAGGCGUUGAAGGUUGUCGACUACAGACGACUUUGGACAAGGACAAUUCCGCCGAUGACCGGAUUGAUCCGACACUCAACGACCUCGGGAUGGAGCUACCAGUUCAGCCGGGAUACGACGAUCCCUUGUACUCCGCCCUUCACAACGAGGCGAUGGGGGAGGACAUUCUGAAGAAGGCCUCUAACGCUGUUGGAGAUAGAUUUCACUAUUUGAGUGACGACGACAAAGAUACAGCGUAUGAGGACAAGAAGUUAAGGGGGGUAGAGGUGUUGUUGGACAUCCAUGGGACAUUGAGCCCAACACAAUACGACACAGUGGCAAUGGAGAAAACACAACCUGUCGAUGUUGUGGACGUCGACGCUCUAUGUCCGGAGACGAACAUACCGUCUACGGUCAUCGACGCCGAUAUCUCGAGCCUGUCAAGUUUCCCUGUGGGUUUGGAGCACGUCGUCGCCGCGUCGACGCGCGCAGGGGUGCCAAUCAUGCUGGGACUGCCAUCGGUGGGCUCUGGUGAAGUGGUAGCUAGGCCUGGGUUUCCUCGAGAUGGAAGAGCGGUCCUUGAAGACGUUAUCUGCUCCCGGUUGCCACUCACUAUCACCAUCGCGCGUUUGUCAUCGCACAGUUUACUGGUAUCCGUCAAGGACAUCGUCGCACUCGUGGAUAGAUCCGGGGAGCUCAACGAUGAGGUUGUCAAUUUCUACAUGGCGAUGCUACUGGACGACUUUGGCCGGACUGCUGCUACCAUGAAGACAUACACCUUUAACUCCAUCUUCGCCUCUUCACUGCUUCUGCGAGGUCCGGCAGCUGUUCUCAGAUGGGCUAAAGAUGUCGACCUCCUGUCUCAUGACCUCGUCUUGGCACCAGUGCACAAGGACGGUGAACACAGGAGCCUUUUGGCCAUUGACUUCUCUGGACGUGUUUUGGAAAUCUAUGAUUCUUUCUCGUGUUCGUCAUCCAAAGAUUCCUUCUACUCCGCACUUCUGGAUAAAACUGUUGAAUUUUUGAAUACGGUGGCAGGUGCCGCCGGUGAUGGUCGCACUUUCGACCACUUCGCUCGCGAGGGCACUCGCCUAUCGAGUUCAACUCGACGAACGCAAUCGACGAUCGUGUUUGACUUGACGAUCGUGUUUGACUCGACGAUCGUAUCGGACUCGACGAUCGUGUCCGACUCGACGAUCGUGUUUGACUCGACGAACGCAAUCGACGAUCGUGUUCGACUCGACUAUCGUGUUCGACUCGACUAUCGUGUUCGACUCGACGAUCGUGUCCGACUCGACGAUCGUGUCCAACUCGACGAUCCUGUUCGAUUCAACGAUCGUGUUCUACUCUACUAUCGUGUUCGACUCGACGAACGCAAUCGACAAUCGUGUUCGACUCGACUAUCGUGUUUGACUCGACGAACGCAAUCGACAAUCGUGUUCGACUCGACUAUCAUGUUCGACUCGACGAUCGUGUUGGACUCGACGAUCGUGUUCGACUCGACGAUCGUGUCCGACUCGACGUGUUCGACUCGCCAAUCGUGUUCGGCUCGACGAACGCAAUCGACGAUCAUGUUCGACUCGACUAUCGUGUUCGACUCAACAAUCGUAUCCGACUCGACGAUCGUGUUCGACUCGACGAUCGUUGUUCGACUCGACUAUCGUGUUCGACUAUUCGAUAGUGUUCGACUCCUCGAUAGUGUUCCACUCGACGAUCGGUCACUGUCGUGUUCGACUCGACGAUUGGUCACUGUCGUGUUCGACUCGACGAUCGGGCAGUGUCGUGUUCGACUCAACUAUCGUGUUCGACUCGACGAUCGUAGUGUCGUGUUCGACUCAAUUAUCGUGUUCGACUCAACGACCGGGCAGUAUCGUGUUCGACUCGACGAUUGGGCAGUGUCGUGUUCGACUCGACAAUCGGGCAGUGUCGUGUUCGACUCGACUAUCGUGUUUGACUCGACGAUCGGGCAGUAUCGUGUUCGACUCGACGAUCGUAUUCGAGUCGACGAUCGGGCACGAUCGUGUUCGACUUGACGAUCGUGUUCGACUCGACGAGCGUGUUCGACUCGACGAGCGUGUUCGACUCGACAAUUAGACAUCGGGCGCGAUCGUGUUCGACUCG